AUGUUCGAAUUUCUCAAGAUCUACGACGAAGUAGACAAUGUAAGUUUACAUCUAACUUGUAGAUUUAAAAAAAUAUAAAGUUUAAUUGUCGUAUUUUAGGAAUCUUGUUUCAUAUUGUCAUCCCUAUGCUCAUUUUUGAAGGUUUGUGGUAUAUUAUUGUUAGUAGUAUACGAAGCUAACAACAUAAUAUUAUUAGCAGUUACUCUGUCAUUGCUUGGUAGUAUGAUACUACUUACAGGAUACACUUUUAAUUGGAGGUCUUGCUACUUAAUUUAUAUUGGCAUAUCAGUAUGUUUUGCUACAUUAUAAUAACAAAAAUACACAUAUAAUAUAUAUGUGUAUAUAUACAUAUAUAUAUAUGCUUUCAGUACAUUCCCAUCAGCAUACUAUAUUUCGAAUUACUGCGCAGUAAAUUCAGCGACGAGUUUAUGAGAUUUCGAUCAUUUUCAUUACCAGAAGACGGGCUUACUGUAACAAACCUUGUAUGUACAGCAGUAUUUGUAGUUUUCGUAUUUUGUCAGACAUUCUUCAAUAUUAUGACAUACAAAGGCUACCUAUACGUCAAAGAGACCUACCCAGAUAUCGACGAUCUGAGCUCAAUUGACAGCAGUGAAUCUCUUGAUCAAGUGUAA